AAACUGGUAGAACACUGUCGAUAACUAAUGUCAAGUGGACUCUUAAUCUGCACAUAAAUUCAUUUAGCUUAUGAAUUCGAUAUAACAAACAUACUUUAGAAAAAUGAACAUCGUCAAAUUACUCUUCGUGUCAAUUUGUAUGGCAUUGCGAAUGAUAUAUUACAUUGUUCGUCCCUUGUUUGCUUUCUAUUAUGAGAAGAAACGACAACAAAUACCCGAUAUCGACAAUGACAUCUUACGCAAACCGGCAACAGAGCUAGCAAGAAUGAUUAGAGAAAAGGAAAUUACCAGCGUAGAACUAGUAACGGCGUUUAUUAGGAGAAUUAGGCAAGUUAAUGGAGCGUUGAACGCCGUCGUUGCCUAUAGAUUUAAUGAUGCGUUGGCCGAGGCUGCAGAAGUUGAUAAAUUGAUUGAAUCUGGAAAUCUUAGCGAAAAAGAUUUAAUAGAAAAUAAGCCUUUUCUAGGAGUGCCAACAUGUCUUAAAGAAUGCUUUGCAGUUAAGGGAAUGUCUUGGACUUCUGGAAACAUCCUUCGAAAAAAUGUUAAAGCUAAUUUUGAUGCCCCAGUCGUUACUCGUCUCAAACAAUCUGGUCUCAUAGUACUUGGAGUCACAAACGUAAGUGAACUUUGUAUGUGGUGGGAAACGUCCAAUUUAGUGUAUGGUACUACAAAAAAUCCAUACAAUACUUGUCGUAUUGUUGGUGGAAGUUCUGGAGGAGAAGCGUGUAUUGUUUCGGCAGCUGGAGCUGUAGUUGGUUUAGGAUCAGAUAUCGGAGGCAGUAUUCGUAUGCCAGCAUUCUUCAACGGAAUUUACGGUCACAAACCAACAAAUGCAAUUGUUAACAACGAUGGACAAGUACCAAUUGCUACAAAGGGAGGAAAGGACUUCUUGUCUACUGGCCCCUUUUGCAGAUAUGCUUCCGAUUUAAUACCUAUGAUGAAAGUUAUGGCGGAUCCUGACAAGAUAGGCCUGCUCAAGUUAGAUGAAGAUGUCGAUGUUCGAAAGUUGAGAUUUUUCUAUAUGGAAGAAGCAGAGGGAAGCGUUACAACACUACCUGUUCAUCCAAACGUCCGUCAGGGUUUGAAAAGAGUUAUAGAUCAUUUUUCAAAUAUUGGGGCUGAAGUUCAUCGAGUUAGCCUUCCCGAAUUUCAAGAUUGCGUAAAUCUCUGGUUUGCUGGUAUGAGCGAAUCUGGAGAAGAACCUUUCGUUGCUCAAUUGGCUGAAGAGUCAAAAAAUUGGAAUUUGUAUGAAGAAAUAGCACGCGUUGUGCUACGAUUGCCUCGUCAUACAAUUCCCGCUUUAUUGCUAGCUUUUCUCGAAAAAUUUCCGAUGCCGAAGAAUAUGGCAAAAAAAUUCCAGGAUAGAGCCAAAAAAUUAAAGAGUGAUAUGCUUAAACUAUUAGGCAAGGAUGGAGUUUUCGUUUUCCCAACUCAUCCAACACCUGCUUUAUAUCACAAUGAACCACUUUUGGUUCCAUUUAACUGGGCGUAUACUGGAGUAUUUAAUGUUUUGGGACUGCCGGCGUGUAACAUUCCAUUAGGUCUAUCAUCAACGUCCAGAGUACCAAUUGGAGUUCAAAUUGUUACAGCUCCCCACAUGGAUAGAUUAAGUUUGGCUAUCGCCAAUUAUCUAGAACAAGAAUCUAUUGCCGGCUGGACGGAACCAAAUAAAUAACUUAAGAACGAUAAAACUAGUUUUUUUAUACGAUAAAUAAAAUGAUAAAAAAAUCUAUUAUUGUUAAUUUUAUCUUCGUUUUCCUCUGUUUAAACAUUUUUCCAUCUUUCUUCUUCAGUGUUGUUGUUUCUUUUAUGUUUGUGUUUAGUCUUCAAAUUAUUAUUUAUCUAAUUUAAA